AUGUGCUUGAGAGCCAUGGAGAGAUACGGAGGAAACGCGGCGGCAACGGCGUUAGGAAGAACUCUCUCCAUGCACGAGCUCGUGCGAACGCUUCCCAUGCGCGAGCAGCGAAGCGGCAACGGCACCGUCAACUCGACAGCACCAAGUGCUGCGAUGGCACCGUCGUCAACAAUACCGUCCGCGAUGACAGCAGCGGCGGCGGCAGCGGCAGCGGCGGCAUCAGGAACGGCCGUGGCGGCAGGAGGGAUGGUGCUAGAUGGUAACGUCCAGCCCCCGGUGCCGCGUGGGUUGAGGUGGCUCCAGCUCGUGCUGUGGAAUAUCGCGUGCAUAGCCUCCCUGCUCGUCACGUUUGUCUGGGCUACGGAAGACUACGUCCGACAAGUUCGGCAGGGCGUCAAGAACUUCGACGUUCAGGCUCACGGCCUGGUAGCGUUCUUCAUGCUCGUGGAUCAGCUGCUCAUAGCAGACACGUACAAGCUGGGGCAUAUGAUCUUCACCCAGAUCUACGGGCUGGUAUACCUAGCCUUUUCUGUCGUUUGGUUCUACAACGGCCCGGAAGAUGAGAAGUAUCUCUACGAGGACACACUCGAUUGGGACGAGAACAGGCUGCAGGCCUGCCUGUCGGGAGGGGUCGCCGUAGGGGUCCUCGUACCGAUCGCCGGACUGCUGCACCUGGGGGUGUUCAGGCUGCGAGAAGCACUCUACCGGAGGGUUCGAGACAAGGAGAUCGCUACCCUGAAACGAGAGCAUUCGUUGGCCACGGAGGGCGCUUCUCGCCAUUCGCUACGGGUAGCUGCAAGCAGCGUACCGCUAUGAGUAGAGGAUCCCCUGCAUGUUUUCUGCAUACCAAUGCAUGCGGUUUUGUUGACGGUGCAAUGGAUUGGGUCUUGAUUGGGAGAGGCUAUCAUGGCGAUAAGGUUGACGGGACGAGGAUAGACUUCGGCUGCAGGUAUCUCUCGGAGGUGUUCGAAACGUGUAUCUAUCUAC